GUAUCAGCUUGUCAAAGAUGUUCCUGGCGGCGUUCACUGGCAUUUCCAAGACCCGGAGUCCCAAGUUGGGGGUCAGCUCCCACAUUUGCCAUUGGGAGGCAUCGGAGACUUCCACGCGAAAUGGUUGCCCUAUUCCAAGACUCGAACAAGCGUCAUAGUCUCGAUUCCCUUCUGGCGUCCUGUUCCUAUGUUCUGGGUCUGUGACACUGUUGCAUUGAAACAGAUUGCCAAUGAUAGGCACACCUUCCCUAAGCGUCCCGAGACGUACCAGGCGAUCAUGUUCUACGGGCCCAAUGUGGUAUCUGCAGAAGGGCAGGACUGGAGGCGGCACCGUGACGCAACGAAGGCUGCGUUCGGAGAAUCAAAUAACCAGCUUGUCUGGGCAGAGAGCAUGCGCACUGUGAAGGAAUGGUUCGAGGCCCUGGAUUCAGGAAAGAAAGACAUGCAGGGUGCCGUGACUCAAGAAGUUCACGGGGUGAUGACUCGGCUUGCUCUCUUGAUCAUCUCCGCCGCCGGGUUCGGAAGGCACGUCUCCUUCAUGGCGGAUGAACAUCCUUCCCCUCCUCCAGGCUAUAAGAUGGCAUUUCGUCCCGCCCUUCUGACCGCAGUCCAUAACAUGGCGCUAAAGGUCCUUGCGCCACGUUGGGCGUACUCACUGCCGAUCGAGGUGCUGAAGAACACGGAUCUGGCGUAUUCGGAGCUGAAACGGCAUUUGGAGGAGAUGAUCAGCCGAACCAGAGCGCAGUUGAUGGGCGACAGUGGUCAGGGGAGAGGACAGGCUGAUCUCUUCAAGCGGCUGAUCUCGGCGAACGAAGUGGAGGAAGAGGGCAAGGCGAAGCUGAAUGAUAGCGAGCUGCUAUCCAACACAUACACCUUCCUCCUUGCUGGUCAUGAGACGACCGCGAAUGCCCUUUCCUUCGCCUGUGCCCUGCUCGCGAUGCACCCCGAGGUGCAGCGUAAGCUUCAAGCCGAGGCGGACACUGUAUGGCCAGACGGGCUGCCCGUCGACGGUGCAGAGUCCUAUCGGGAGGAUGUCAACAGUCUGAAGUAUGCUGAAGCUGUUUUCCGGGAGACGACACGUUUGUUCCCAGCGGAGACGAGGUUGAGCAAGAUGGUCUCACAGGACACACGUCUCAAAGCCAGGAAAUGGGGCAAGAAUGGUAAGGAAGAACAUUACGAGGUUGUCGUUCCCCAGGGCAGCACGGCAUGGCUGGACAUCUGGGCUACUCACAUGAGCCCUGAGUAUUGGGGCCCGGAUGUGAACGAGUUCAAGCCGGAGCGCUUCUUCGACACCGACACCUACAAGUGGCCUCGAGAUGCAUACUUGCCCUUUAUGAUUGGACCUCGAUCAUGCAUGGGCCAGCGAUUUGCCGAGCUCGAGGGCAGAUGCGUCCUCGCGCAUAUAGCAAGUCAGUACGAUAUCCUCCUUCCUCCGGAGCUGGAGAACGCAAGUGAAGAGGAGAAGAACAAGAAGCUACUGAGCUGGGAUAUCCGGGUUGCGUUGACCGCGAAGGAUGUCACACUGAGAUUUGUCAAAAGGGCCAAUGCUGUGUAGGUUCUUGUUGUGUUCUUUCCUGGGCCUAGGUUCUUG